AUGAUUACUUGUGCUGAUGAAUGCGAGCAGCCUGACCUUCCUCUGCGUCUGCGCAAGAACAUACCACUCACGAAGUACGAUUACAGCACUUUCUACACUCCCGAGGACCCGAAGGGGUACAUUGACUACCCGUUCGCGGACACUGCGACGCUGUAG